AUGAGUCAGGAAACAGCGCAGCUCCCAAUGUCACCAUUCGACAAGAAAACGGAGUCGACGGACGUGAUCUUACGCUCGUCAGACGGAUUAGAAUUUCAUGUCCACAAACUUGUGCUGUCGCUCGCCUCCCCGUUCUUCAGUGACAUGUUCUCUCUUCCACGCCGGCGGGAUUCUGAAGAAGCGGAGGAGAAUAGCGUCGACAUGGAAGAAUCUAGCAGUGUUUUGGACAAGCUUCUCAGAUUCUGCUACCCCGUAGAUGAGCCACUUUUAGACGACACAAAGCUCGCCUUGGAUUUACUCAGCGCCACCAUCAAAUACGACAUGGACGGACCUACAUCUCGUGUCAAACGCAUCAUAAUGUCUCCCUCAGUAAUCGCAGAAAACCCACUUCUUAUCUACUCGGCUUCCUGCAAACUUGGGCUCGCCGAUGAAGCGAAACUAGCUGCGAAGAUAAGUCUGCGGUACCCUAUGCUCACAUUAGGCACACAAGGAUUGCAGAAUCUCCCCGCCCUGGCGUAUCAUCGGUUUCUGGUCUAUCACCAGAAAUGCUCGAUCACUGCUUCUGAGCUUGUGUGCAAAGCCGACUGGCUGCCGACCGAUACCUGGGACUUUUCGAGGCUCUUUGUGCAGGGGACUUGCAACUCGCCGUGCUGCUCGGGGGUGUAUUGGGGCGGUAUAUCGACGAGGAAGUGGAUUGGGGACUAUAUGAACCAUGUAAGGGAGAGGCUGCGGAUGAGGCCGUCGCCGUUGGUCGUUUACGAGGAGGAGACGCUUGCGCACAGCCUAAAGCUCGCGGGGCGGUGUAUAGUGUGCGGACCGACGGCGCACCAGAACCUGAGCCGCUUUGCGAAGGAGCUGUUGGCACCUGUCGUUGAGGACGCUCUCGAGAAGGCGAGUCGGGUUCACUUCUGA